GCCAGGUUCUGCUUCCCGAGUCUCUUUUCAACACUAAAGAACAGAGACGAUUGGGUAUUCUCUCCUCAAUCUCCCUGCAGUUUGAAAGGAAAAAGGAAAAUGGCAAGGAUACCCGUCUUCUUGAUGGGGCUUCUGCUUUGUUGUUGCUUGGCAGCCUUUGUAGAAGCAGAAUAUAUGAAAUAUAAAGAUCCAAAACAACAUUUGAAUGUUCGGAUCAAAGACCUCAUGAAGAGGAUGACAUUGGAGGAAAAAAUAGGACAAAUGGUGCAGAUUGACCGCAGUGUUGCUUCUAAUGAGGUGAUGAAGAAGUAUUUCAUAGGGAGCGUAUUGAGUGGAGGAGGGAGUGUUCCAGCUCCCCAGGCUUCUGCAGAGACUUGGAUCAACAUGUUCAAUGACUUCCAAAAUGGUUCUUUAUCUACUCGAUUAGGAAUUCCAAUGAUUUAUGGGAUUGAUGCUGUCCAUGGACACAAUAAUGUUUACAAGGCAACAAUAUUUCCUCACAAUAUUGGAAUAGGCGCUACCAGGGAACCUGAGCUUGUUAAGAAAAUUGGAGCUGCAACAGCACUAGAAGUCAGAGCAACAGGCAUUCAAUAUGUUUUUGCACCUUGCAUAGCGGUUUGCAGAGAUCCAAGAUGGGGUCGCUGUUACGAAAGUUACAGUGAAGAUCCCAAGGUUGUUCAAGCAAUGACUGAAAUUAUCUCUGGAUUGCAAGGAGAAAUCCCAGCUGGCUCUCCCAAGGGCGUUCCAUAUGUUGCUGGAAAGAAAAACGUUGCAUCUUGUGCCAAGCAUUAUGUGGGAGAUGGUGGGACAACUGAUGGCAUCAAUGAGAAUAACACUGUGAUAGACAGACAUGGUUUGCUUAGCAUUCAUAUGCCAGGCUACUAUAAUGCAAUUAUCAGAGGUGUGUCAACUAUUAUGAUCUCCUACUCAAGUUGGAAUGGAGUUAAGAUGCAUGCCAACCAUGAGCUUAUAACAGGCUUUCUUAAGAACACUCUUCGUUUCAGGGGUUUUGUCAUUUCAGAUUGGCAGGGUAUUGACAGGAUCACAUCUCCACCGCAUGCAAAUUACUCCUAUUCCAUUCAAACAGGAAUCCAUGCUGGCAUUGAUAUGAUCAUGGUUCCAUACAACUAUACAGAAUUCAUUGAUGGACUAACCUACCAGGUGAAAAAUAAGAUCAUCACCAUGAGCCGAAUUGAUGAUGCAGUGAAACGAAUUUUGCGUGUUAAGUUUAUAAUGGGUCUGUUUGAGAAACCACUGGCAGAUUACAGCCUAGUGGAUGAGCUUGGUCGUAAGGAACAUAGAGAAUUGGCCAGGGAAGCUGUGAGGAAAUCACUUGUGCUGCUAAAGAAUGGAGAAUCUGCUGAUAAACCAGUGCUUCCUCUUCCUAAGAAAGCAGCAAAAAUACUAGUUGCUGGUAGCCAUGCUGACAAUCUGGGUUAUCAAUGCGGUGGGUGGACAAUUGAAUGGCAGGGACUAAGCGGCAACAACCUCACAAGUGGUACUACAAUCCUCACUGCCAUCAAGAAUACAGUUGACCCCGAAACUGAAGUUGUAUAUGAGGAGAAUCCUGAUUUCAACUUUGUCAAGUCCAAUAAGUUCUCUUAUGCCAUUGUUGUUGUGGGCGAGCACCCUUAUGCAGAAACACAAGGUGACAGUUUGAAUCUGACCAUUCCUGACCCGGGCCCAAGCACGAUUACAAACGUGUGUGGAGCAGUGAAAUGUGUUGUUAUCAUAAUCUCUGGUCGUCCAGUUGUGAUCCAACCAUAUCUUGACUCAAUGGAUGCUCUUGUUGCUGCCUGGCUACCUGGGACAGAAGGUCAGGGUGUCGCAGAUGUGUUGUUUGGCGACUAUGGCUUCGCUGGCAAGCUUCCCCGUACUUGGUUCAAGACUGUUGAUCAGCUGCCAAUGAAUGUUGGGGACUCUCAUUAUGAUCCCCUUUUCCCAUUUGGAUUUGGCCUCACUACAAAACCUACCAAAGCCGGCAAGCAAUCUAUUUCGGGUGAAUUCUAGUUAUUCCAAGCUGUUGUUAUAAUAGUCUUCUUACCUUUGUCUUGUAUUUGUUUGAAUCAUAAUAAUUCUACCCUGAGGGAAUCUAAUUGAUUUUGAAUAAACAUGGGAGAGUAUU